CAUUUCAUCACCAAUUUGAUGCUGGUGGAGGAGUAUUAACUUGGAACUCCAUAAUAAGCACCUCGAAGAACAAGACUUCUGGGGACUGCGUGCAACUGGAGAAAUAUCGCUAUGGACGUGACGAAACUAUGGAAUGAAAUAAGUGACUCCUUGCUGGUUUACUGGAUAUGGUGACUAUUCAGCUGAAACGAAACGAACUCCAUUUUCUUGCGAAAACAUCAAGUUGUCUUGUCGCUAGCCUUAUCGCUGGUCUCUCUUGUUGAUUAUGUGUCCAGGAUCAAGAAAGCGUAUGGUGAACUGAAGCUAUUCAUUUAAUGCAGAGUCAUUUUGAUCUGCUCCAAUCCGAACUCUGCAAAAUUUGCAAAUCUUUAUCGAAGGCCAAGAAAUUGCAUGCUUUGGUGAUUAAGUCUCAUCUCUCGGAAGACCCGUUUUACGCGACUCAAAUUAUAAGGCAGUAUGCAGCUAAUGGUGACGUUAAUUCUGCCCACCAUGUGUUCGACAAAACUUCCACUCGAAGCGUCUACCUCUGGAAUUCAUUGAUUCGAGCUUACGCUCAAGCCCAGAGAUUUGGAAAUGCAUUUGCUCUGUUCAACAACAUGCUUACAACUAACACAAGACCUGACAAUUUCACUUAUGCUUGUAUUGUACGUGCAUGCUCUGAGAAUUUCGAUUCUGCUACCCUGAGACUUGCUCAUGGGAGGGCUAUAGUCUCUGGGUUAGGAUCGGACUCUAUUUGUUGCAGUGCACUUGUUACAGCUUAUUCUAAGUUGGGUCUUGUUAAUGAAGCCAGUGGAGUGUUUGAUGGGAUUCCUGAACCCGAUUUGGUUCUGUGGAAUUCAUUGAUUACUGGUUAUGGGUAUUCUGGUUUGUGUGAUAAAGGGAUGCAAACAUUUAAUUCCAUGCGGCGAGCUAGGAAGAAGCCAGACGGAUAUACAAUAGUUGGGUUGCUUUUAAGUGUGGCAGAUUCUAGCUUGCUGAAAAUUGGUCGUGGAAUACAUGGUUUGAGUCUGAAAAGUGGGUUUGAUUCUAAUUCUCAUGUAGUAAGUUUGCUGGUGAACAUGUACUCGAGAUGUAAGUGCAUGACAUCAGCUUAUAAAGUCUUUGGAAGUAUAUUCCAACCUGAUUUAGUUAUAUGGUCUGCUCUGAUUGCUGGAUAUUGUCAGGCUGGAGAUUAUGUGAAGGCACUGCUUUUUUUCAGGGAAUUGAACAUGAAAGACAAGAAGGCAGACUCUAUUUUAAUUGCUAGUGUAUUGGCUUCUAUUGCUCAGUCAGCAAGUGUAGGGCCCGGUCGUGAAAUACAUGGUUAUGCUCUUCGGAAUGGAUUGGGAUCAGAUGUCAUGGUCUCUUCUGCUCUUGUGGACAUGUACUCAAAGUGCCUUGGCUUGCAUGGGUGUGCGUUUGAGGCUUUCAGGAUAUUUAAUAAGAUGCUAAAUAAAGGUGUAGUGCCUGAUGAGUCCACUUUCUCUGCUCUCCUUUGUGCUUGUUGCCAUGCUGGCCUAGUCCAAGAUGGCCAGCAGCUUUUCAGAAGGAUGAAAGAUGAGUUUGACAUUGAAGCCAAACCUGAGCAUUAUGUUUAUAUGGUGAAACUUCUGGGGGGUGCGGGGGAAUUAGAAGAGGCUUACAAUCUCAUUCAGUCCUUGCCAGAACCAGUUGACAAAGGCAUCUUAGGAGCUCUCCUAUCAUGCUGCAAUACAUUUGGAAAUUCUGAGCUAGCAGAAACCAUAGCUCACCGGCUUUUUGAGAGCAGUCCUGAUAAUAGUGUUUAUAGGGUUAUGCUUUCUAAUAUCUAUGCUAGUGAUGGCAGGUGGGAUGAUGUGAAGAAAUUGAGAGAUAACAUAACAGGCGGACUGAGGAAAUUGCCCGGACAAAGCUGGAUUGAAGGCCAUUUUUGCAAAUUGUGAAAAUUUAGACUCCUCAUUGAUUCUCUCUAUGUAAUGCCAUGGGAACAAUGAUCGGGAGUAUCCUGUCAGCCAUAGGAGGCCUCUGAUGAAGGCAUUACAUGUGGGAAAUGACCUAAAUAUAUUUGCUUUCUUGGAUUGCCAGGAAAGCCACUUACCUUUCGUUUUGUUAUUAACCUUCUUUCACUACCGGUGUGGACAGAUUUUAAAUGGUUAAUUAUCUUACAUCUCUGUAAUCUAGAAUAUAAACUGGCAUAAUUGGUGAGAAUGGAAUCUCUCAUGUAUAACAGAGCAAUUACUGUAGCAAAGAAAUAUGA